GUGGAGUUAUUUCGUUACUAGGCUUGUUGUGGCGUGUGGUAUUGCGUAUUUUAUUUUAUGGUAUAUUAGGAAAAAAUUAUUUGAAAUAAGCAACGUACAUUGAUAAUUCCACAUUCUACAUCGUAAUAUUCCUUCGACAGCUUCUCUUAAAGUUAAGUGUCAAAUAUUCUUGGAUAAAUUUGCUCGUGCGACGAUUCGAGUGUGUACCUUUAACUUGACCAAUCAAUCUUGUGUUUUUACUUCCUCUUUCGAUGACAGAGCGAUGUAAACAUGGCGUCAGCCAAAAGGCAUCACAGAAGUCGAGAAAGUCACUUUAUUUACGAUCUGCCAUUCAGUAUAACCAGACAGAUAUGUUGUAAUUUAGAUGUGGACAGGGCAUGGGAAAAAUUAGCAUCAGAAAUUGGUUACACCAUACAAGAGGUGCGGAUGUUUGAGAUGGCCAUGCAGCAUCCCAAUGGCAGUCCAUGCAAGGAGGUGUUAGGUGACUGGGGAUCAAAAAACGCGACAGCCAGAGAUUUAUACCUCAUCUUGCAGAGGAUUGGCCGGCGACGAGAGGUGCAGCUAUUGGAGUCCUACUUUAAUUGUUACUCUGAACCGAAGAAGAUGCCCUUCCAGAGUCAUGACGAUUCCCUGUGUACAGGAAUAGUGUCGCCCUCUAUGAUCAUGAGGACUCUGGACACAGACAACCUCCCAGCCCCACCAAGCAAAAGUAGCUCAAAGGUGAGCAGUGGAGCGUGGAGUACGUCAUCCAUGAACGAUUCCGCCUCCAUGUCAAAUAAAGACGUGAACCUGAAUACGCCCGAGAACCCCAAGGACAAAGCCACAAAGAAGCACGCAGAAUACAAGGCUAUCCCCUCUCUGACGGAUGAGCCGUUUUGUCCCCCAAAGAAACACGACUACCUGGGAAAAAUGAAAGAGACGUCUGGAUUAUCUAGCUCCUCCUCUUCCUGUGGCGAUGAGAAGUCAAUGUCUUGCAUCAAAAUCAACAAGUGUGACAUGGAUGGUCCGGCCCAGGAGAAGGGAGACAUGGGGGAGAGGACAAUGGAGUCCAGCUGGAUGGAAACUCUCAAAAAUAAGGACGGCUACUCCUCCCUAGCUAAGGAUGGAAAGUGUGACAUUGACAUUGCGGUGGCUCUGGUAGGAACUCAAAGCUUCACCAACAAGGAACUUAAUCACGCCACUAAUGGCUUCAGUGAGGAGUACAAGAUAGGGGAGGGGGCGUUCGGGGAGGUGUUCCGGGGGUUCUUAAAAAGAACCCAGUGUGCUAUUAAAAGGUUGUUUCCGAAACAGGAUGAUUAUCUAAAUCACCAGGAACAUUUAACAGCAGAGCUCAAAUCACUUAUCAAGUACAGGCAUGAGAACAUAGUCCCUCUGUAUGGCUAUACGCUGGAAGGAGGGGAGACCUGUUUAGUGUACCAGUUUAUGCAGAAUGGUUCACUGGAUGACAGACUGAAAUGUAAGAAUAACACCAAACCUUUGACCUGGCACCAGAGAUUGGAAAUCAUGAAGGGGGCAGCAUGUGGGCUACAGUAUCUACACACACUGGAUCAGAAACCACUCAUCCACGGAGACAUUAAAUGUUCAAACAUUCUCUUGGAUAAGCACAUGGAAGCUAAGAUAGGAGACCUGGGAUUGGCUAAGCAUGCAACAGGUGGAAGCCAAUCUGGGAAGCUGACACAUAUCACCAAGAAACAAACCGGCACAAAACAAUAUCAGACCAAGGCUUACCUCCCUCCAGAGGUCAUCAGGGGCAAUGCCAUGUCUAUCAAAGGAGACACUUACUCAUUUGGCGUGAUAAUGCUGGAGGUUUUCACUGGAGAAGCAGCAUAUGAUGAGAACAGAGAAGGGGGACAAUUCCUGAAGGAUUACGUAAAGGAGUUCAGUGAUCUGGAGAACCAGUAUACGGAACUGAUAGACAAGAGGGCAGGCUUUAUAGGCGACGAUGUCGCUAAACACUUCUUCAAAGUUGCCUCGCGUUGUACAUCACAACUCAAAAAGGACAGACCCGAUAUGGUGCAGGUUCACACAGAGCUGAGUGAUGUGGAGACUGCCUUUAGUCAGAAGUAUGCCACAAAAUGUUUAGAAAAUGCAGACAUAUAUAAUGGCUGUCCUCCUGCAGGAUCUAUGUCAGAUCUGGGAGAAACCAGAAUGGAUGAAUUCUCAUACACCAGCAAUGGCUACCACGAUCCGGGUCUGCUCGCAGUGCCACAACAGCCUGCCUCAAUGGUCUCUCAACAGGGCUAUCCAACAGAUGUGCCUCAACAGGUCUACAUGACCAGCGUGCCUCCACAAGGCUAUGUGUCUCAGCAACCUUACCCAGCUAGCAUUGCAGUCCAGCCUAUGACUGAAGCCAUGAGGUUACAGUUAGGAUAUGAUUCUGGAUUGAAGCCAGAUGAAAUUCCUGGAUACUUAAUGACACAUCCUACUUAUGAAUCGGAUCCUCAGAAAUUGCAGGAGAUAGAGUCGGAGUAUCCAUCGGAUCCCUAUAAACUACAGCAGUUAGAGGAGCCACAACAACCAGACUCAGGAAGCUCAUAUGACAUGCCAACAUUAAGUGAUGGAGACAUUUACCAGUCGAAUAUGCAUAAGCUGGGGGAAAUUCAGAAAUUUGAGGAGAGUUUAGACAUUCCAUCAGAGGCACAUUCUGUGCCGAAUACACAGCAUCAGUGUGACAAUGCAGAAGCAUCCGGUUACUUAAAUCCAGAAGAAGAAGAGAUCACUGUGUCAGGCAUGCAGGAUAUGACACUCUCUGAUUCAGGUGCACUGGACAGCAGCAAAUCUACAACUCUCACACAAUCAGAAAAUCACGGUGAAUCUGAAAUCUCACCUGCAAAUGCGGUUACCGAUCUGUUGGGGGGAAAUCAUGAGAGAUUGGCACAGGAAAUUGAAGCAGUCGGAAAGAAAUCUGGCUUUGGUGCUAUGUCGUUGUUUGAAAAAUACAAAGAAGCCCUAGAAAUGGAGAAUGACGAGGGAGAGUACGACACAGGUGAGUCUGUGGAGUAUGAUGAUGACUACGGCACCAUCACUGGAAUGGAUGAGGGGCAGUUUGGGCAACAAGAGGAUGAGGAUGAGGAGGUUACUCUCACAGAGGAGGGGUAUGAGGAGGACGGUGAUCAAAUCACACCGGUGGCUUCCCUUCCCAUGGAGAAUAGACAAACGUGCAGUGUUGUUCAUUAUGCCCCCUCUAGUCCAACAGAAGCCACAGAGGAGGAUUGUGGGAAAAACGAUUCCAGGCUGUUCUCGGACAGUAGUGAGAUGUUAGACAAUGACAUUCUCACAGAGAAAUAUGAAGGGGACACACCACCAAUUCGCCUGGUCUGUGAUGACCUUGUGUCAGAUUCUCAGCUCUUUAAUGAAGGAACAUCAUCAGACUCUCAAUUGUUUUGUGAGAACUCGAGUUCUGAGUCCUGCGCAUUCCCAGAGGAGAGUAAAUCUUCAUUAUCAGAGGAUACGACCUCAACAGACAUUAAGGGUAGCAGAAAUAUUUCCGCGGUCGUAGCUAGUGGACCAGAGAAGGAUAUUAAGCCACAGCAGGUCAGCCCCACCCCUCUGUGGCAGCAGCAGAGAAUGGGGCCCAGCGAGGGCGAGUGUUUUGUGUAGGAGGAGUUAUAAUGUGAUAUGUCGAUUCAUGAAAAAGUUGUCAAAAAUUUUUGUUUAACGUGAUCUGAUUUACAUUUUGUUACAAUAUAUUACUGUAUAAGUGGAAUUUUCAGCAAGACACAGAUUUAGCGUUUUUUACAUUAAAGUGGGUAUAUAUAUUUAGCAGGAGCUAAUUUUGGGGACUUUAUCAUUCCAAUAACAAUCACUGAUACCUUUUAUGCAGAAUAUAUUCUUAGCGAUAUUAAAUGCCUAAUUUAAAUCCUUGCUAAAAGUUCUGCAUAUACGGUAUUCUACUAAACAUGCAUUGCAUGGAAAUGUAGUGUAGGGAUUGCGAAAAGUUAAAAUGCAUUUUCCACCAGAACUACCUACUGAUUAGAUAAAAAUAAAAGUUCAAAUUGUAAUUUCUUAUAGGUUGUAGAACAUGUGAAAUAUGAUCAACUAAAAUGAAAUUGUACAGAAUUUCUUGAGGUACAUCUGGUGGAUAAUGGUAUUCAAGUGUUGCCCUUUAAUUUUUUUUUUCAUUUCAAAUUGGAAUAUCUAUUGUUAAUCUUCUGUCUGAAUCCAAGUAGCCAUUUACUGUAAUAAUAAAUCAUACAUUGUACAUUUCUGAUUUCCUUUGGUAUAUCAUAAACCUAAGUAUUUCAGCAAUAUUGGUGCCUUUUAUAUUUUCAGAGAGGUCAACAUGCAGGGUCAAGGGUCAUGCCAUCAUAAAUGCAUGAUCCAGUACAAAAAAAUAAAUGUAUUCUAUAAUAAAUGUUGUUAUUUUAUGCCAAACCUAAAUGUAUUCUAUAUCAAAACUUGUUAUAUGCCAAACCAAGCAAAUUGUAUCAUACAUGUACAUGCUCUUUCUGUGUUGCCUGCAGUAAAUAUGAAAAUAGUUAUACUAAAACCAUUUACAAUGGUAACUCUCAUUGCCCUCUGUCCUUCUAGCUAAUGAUGACUAAUGUUGUACCGUUUUUGUAAAGAAUCUGAUGUGCUUUUGAUCUGAUGACAAAAUGUAGGAUAUGCCCCCCCCCCCCCCCCCCCCCCCCCCCAUGUGUAUUACAGAAAGGUGUUUUCUGAUACCAUUACAGUGUGUUAUUGUGAGGAUGGGUAGCGGUAUGUGAUAUGAUAGUUGUUUUGAUGUAACCUGUUAUGGCCAUUUUAUAAAACUUAACAUCUGAUGACGGUAGUUAAAAUCUGCCUUCAGUCCAUGUCUAAAUUCAGUUUUCAUUUCCAUGGUAUACAUAUAGCCUGUGGUCAUGUUAAAUUCACAAUUUUCAUUUACUGCAAAAGGAUUGCCAAAAAAGAGAGAGAGAGAGAAGUAAUAGUGGCAAUAAUCUGAUUUGAAUAUUCAAGAUAAAUUUUAUUACCAGUGCAAUUUUGAAACAUGUAACACUUUCUGAUUAAUUUUUUAAGGGAAUUUUGUUUAAUUUAAUGUUUUAAUUUAAAGGUUGCUUUGUUUCAGAAAUUAAGUAAGAUAGAUUCAGUUUCAUGACAAAUUGGAGUACAUGUGUAUAGAAUUUUUUUUUUAUUUGCCUUAAACGGGUGCUUCUACAGAAAUGUGCGGUCGUACAGACUUACAUUGUACUUGUAGUACUUGCCAAGAAAUAAUA